UGGAAACCUCACUUGCAUCUCGGCCACGGUCAGGAAAGGGUACGAAUCCUUCUACGAGUACGAGUCGGCUAUCCCGGUACACGUAUCGAUCGAUCCUUGAUUAUUCUAUCCGAGAGGAAGACAUGAAGUUCAGCCUGUUCUUGUCGAUUUGCUUGUUUGUCGUCUUCGCUGACAGGACUCUCGGUAGCCCCUACAUCGAUGACGAGGAAGAUUCGCUGCAGGUUGCGGAUUUCGAUUACAUGGACAACGCAUUGAUAAAUCUGAUGAGAGCGCCUCAACAAAAACGUACCUCGUUGAUCUACUUGUUUAGGCGAACCUGCAUAAGACGGGGUGGAAACUGCGAUCAUCGACCAAAAGACUGCUGCUACAGUUCCAGUUGCAGAUGCAAUUUGUGGGGCACAAACUGUCAGUGCCAACGAAUGGGUCUGUUUCAGAAAUGGGGUUAAACGGCUCCUCCGUUUUCCCUUUUCUUUCGGCGAGAACGUUUCUCCUUUUAGCACGCGACGCGAUUAUCCGCACCACUCGUACAAUUCCAUUUCAAGAUUUCGUUUCGUCUCUUCAUAUUUCUCCUCUUUCCUACUAUUAUCCUUUUCACCAUCUGCCAAUGCUUUGCAGUUUUAAGCGUUUUUCUUAUACAAACUUUUUUUACCGUUGUCCGCUGUUCACGGUCUAAAAGUUCUACGCGUUAUCGAUUAGAUUCCGAUAGAAUUUCAUUUGCGGCGUGCGAUGGAAGAAAAACAAUCAUCGAGAAAAACCUAUCGAUAAAAUAGCGAGCUUCCGAAUGCGUGCAUUUUGCCUCGUUUUUUUUUCAAUUUUUUUCAAUUAUGGAAAAUACUCGACAAAGUCUAUGUAUCUCUUUGGUUGGUUGGUAUCUUUCUUUACUUAUAUUUUCUGCGCACAUCUCGUAUCUACCUCCCUCGUGUAUUAUACUCGAAUGAUAAACCUCAUCCACAGCCAGUUUUUCCCAUUUUCUUUCAUUCUUUUUUGUUACAUAUUUAUAUAUUUUCCCAUUACAUUCUUUAAAUGAAAUUAUUACAUUUUCUGUCCUUUCGUUUCUUUAUUCUUAUUAUUAAUUAAGAUGGACUUCGUGGCCUUGCGCAAUCUCAAACCCCAUCGACGACGUAGCGAGAAGUAAAGAAAUAAAGUUUGACUGAGCAUUUUACUACAUUCCUAUAGGUCGUCGUUUUUAGUUUCUCUAAGAGGCGAAUGGAACUAUCGAGUAGCAUGUAAAAAAGGAAUACGAAGCGGUUCGUACGUCAAGGAAACCGAUUCUUCCGCUUGAACGACGAUAAUAAGUUUUUGAACGAACGAUGCAACAAUAAUUGUAAGUCUGUAUCUAGCGCAAGGAGAUGUACGUUUUAAGUUAAAACUCGCCUACAUUCUGUCAGCCUUCGAUUACUUCAUGCUCCAGAAUUAUUUUCGAUGAAAACUCAAUUAAAUGGUAUUAACUUAAAACGGUACAAAAUGGAAAAAAAAUUAGCGAACAGGCGUUUUGCUUCGUGAUAGAUUUUUGCAUUGCCAAUAUACUUGCUACGAAUCCCUUGAAACUUUCUGUUUCUCCUAAGACAUUUAUCGUGUAAUCGAGAAUCGUGCCUGUUAUCCUCAUAAAAUAAUUAUCACCAGGAAUAGAAAAAAAGAAGAAGAAGACAAAAAAAAAAAAAAAAAGGAAAAGAUCGUAUAAAACUAGCAUACGGAGAGGAUGAACGACUAAUAGUGAAUAAAACUUUCAAUUUCAUCAGGCUCGAUUCUCCAAUGUUUCAGGCUGUCAUUUCGUUCGAUCGAUGACAGAUGAUCAAAAAUUGAACGAUUCGAUGAAUUUUCAACGAAAUAGAAAAAUUCUAUAGGUCUUCUACUGUCUUCUGAUUGGUGUUUUUAUUCUAGUCACUUUUAACAAUCAGACGUCGGUGUCCUAUGGAUUUAUCGCUGACGAGGAUGAUCACGGCCGAUUCGUAGAAUAAUCGAACGAAGCUAUUUAAUAAAAUUGAUUCCUGAGAUGUAGAGAGAGAGAGAGAGAGAGAGAGAGAGAGAGCGAGAGAGAGAGAGAGAGAGCGAGAGAGAGAGAAAGAGAGAAACUCGCGUUUUCAUGACACGAGAUUAAUCAUCUCUCUUAUUCAAAUUUUAAACGCACGUGUAUGCAUUAUUAAUUAUUAAUGAAAAAUACAAUAAUGGAUGUUAUCGUAUCGUAUCGGAAGGUGGAUGUACAUGUACCGAUAUAUUAUAUGGAAAUAUAAUAUAUAUAUAUAUAUAUA